UUCAGCUGUUCAAUUAGUAAUUAACAGAAAGCAAAGCGAUGGCGGAAAAGACCAGUGAUUCGCCAUAUCCAUUGGCGCCGAGCAAUGGCCAUUCACAAAAUGACCAAGUAUCGGCAUCGGCUAACUCAAAUGACCAAAGGAAAAGAAACCGAAUUAAGUGCCUGUUGUAUAUACUACUCUUUGCCGUGUUCCAGAUAGGAGUUAUAUUGGUUUUCUUAUUAAUGAUCAUGCGUGCAAAAAACCCGAAGUUCCGAGUUCAAGCAUCAUCGUUCGUGGACAGUGACUUUAACAUUGGAACGGAAGUUUCCCCUUCGUUCGACCUGCGAAUGAAUACACAAUUCACGGUGAAGAACACGAAUUUUGGUGACUUCAAGUACGAAGUUGGCAUGGUCACGUUUGCUUACAGGGGCACAUCGGUUGGGGAGGUCACGAUCAAGAAGGGUCGAGCUGGGAUUAGGUCGACCAAAAAAGUCGACGUUGUUGUCGAGUUGAGGUCGAGCAGUUUGUCAUCGAACACGACGGAUGGGGAAUUGGGGAGUGAUAUUAGCUCGGGAGUUCUGCCAUUGACGAGUUAUUCAAAGUUGGAAGGGAAGAUUCAUAUGAUGAAGGUGAUAAAGAGGAAGAAAUCUGCUCGAAUGAAUUGUACUAUGGAAAUUGAUAUCCAUUCCAGGAAAGUGGGAAAUAUUAUAUGCAAGUGAAGACGCUGGUUAAGGUUGUCGGAAUUUUGUUUACUUUGUCUUGUUUACAGCAGCA